CUUCUGGUUCAUUCUCUUCUCCCACGAAAUCUGUCAGCCAUUAUGACAUGGAAAAUUCUAAGCAUGUUGAUACCAAUGACACGCUGUCUACUUAUGCACAACUUCUUGUAAAGUGCACAAGAGAUACUUUUGGAUGUGCUUCCGCCUGAUUCCAAGAUGUGGGGUGCUAAAAUCAGGAGCUAUUCUGUUGACACUAGGCAUAAUGAAGCUCUAUCCCUUUUCCUUGGAAAUUUACGAUGCUCGCUUGGAUUUAAACCUGAUCACUUAGUACUUUCAGCCAUUCUCAAAUCUUGUGCUGCUUUGUUUGCCAUCAACUUUGGGAAGGCUCUUCAUGGUUAUGUUGUCAAGCAAGGCCAUGUGUCCUGCCGGUUUGUAUCAAAAGCACUGCUUAACAUGUAUGCCAAAUGUGGCAAGCUGGAUGAUUGCAAAAGGCUAUUUGGUCACAUGGGCUACCAAGAUCCAGUCGUCUGGAAUAUUGUCCUCUCUGGGUUUUCAGGGUCUCGAAUGUACAGUAAUGAGGUGAUGAAGUUGUUCUGUGCAAUGCAUUUAGGUGGUGAGGUGAAGCCCAACCCUAUUACUUUUGCUACUGUCUUGCCAGUGUCUGCUCGAUUGGGAGAUUUGAUUGCAGGAAAAUGUGUGCACUCUUAUGUGAUCAAAUCUGGAUUUGAAGAAAACAACCUCGUAGGAAAUGCUUUAGUAUCAAUGUACUCAAAAUGUGGGCUAGUUUUGUAUGAUGCAUAUGCUGCAUUUAAAAGCAUUAAGCAAAAAGAUGUUGUUUCAUGGAAUGCGAUCAUUGCAGGUUUUUCUGAGAAUGGUUUUAUUAACAAGGCUUUCAAAUUAUUUAGGUGGAUGUUGAAAGGACCAACUGAACCAAAUGGUGUGACUAUUGCAACUAUCUUGCCCACUUGCGCUUUGUUAGAUAAAAAUGUUGCAUACUGCUGUGGGAAAAAGAUCCAUUGUUAUGUGCUACAGAGGACUGAAUUGGCCGAUGAUGUGUUUGUGUGCAAUUCUUUGGUAAGCUUCUAUCUAAGACUUGGAAAGAUGAAAGAAGCUGAAUGCUUGUUCCAGAGGAUGAAAUCAAGAGAUUUGGUUUCAUGGAAUGCAAUUAUUGCAGGGUAUACAUCAAAUGGUGAGUGGUUAAAAGCAUUAGAUCUGUUUCAUAGGCUACUAUCAGUAUGCGAAAUUGGGCCAGACUCGGUAAACUUAAGAACCCUGCAUGUAGGGAAAAGUAUCCAUGGCUAUAUUUUUCGACAUCCUGCCCUAAAUGAGGACACGAUUGUGGGAAAUGCCAUGAUUAGUUUCUACGCAAAAUGCAACAGUGUAGCUGCGGCAUUUAGAAUUUUUUCAAUGAUGUCUAAGCGAGAUUUGAUAUCGUGGAAUUCCAUGCUUGAUGCCUUUGCAGAGAGUGGAUAUGACACUGCGUUUCUGAACCUAUUAGCAAAAAUGUUUGAGGAAGGAGGUAGGCCAGACCCCAUUACCAUCUUAACGAUAGUUCAUUUUUGUGUUAGUGUUUUGGCAGUGGAGAAGGUUAAAGAAGUUCAUGGCUAUUCAAUUAGGUCUGGUUUUUUGCUUGAUGAUGUUGAGCCUACUAUUGGAAAUGCAAUACUUGAUGCUUAUGCUAAAUGUGGUGUCGUGGAAUACGCUAGUAAAACUUUUCAGACUUUAUCAUAUAGAAGGAAUUUGGUAACAUGCAAUUCAAUGAUCUCAGGUUAUGUAAACUGUGGGUCACAUGAAGAUGCAUAUAUGAUAUUUAACAACAUGUCUGAAAGAGAUCUCACAACUUGGAACCUAAUGGUUCGAGUUUAUGUUGAAAAUGAUUGUCUUGAUCAAGCUCUUCAUUUGUUCCAUGAGUUACAAGCUCUAGGAGUGAGGCCUGACGCUAUGACUAUUAUGAGCCUAAUUCCCAUAUGCGCUCAAAUGGCCUCAGUCUACCUUCUGAGGCAGUGUCAUGGAUAUGUGGUCAGGGCUUGUUUUGAUGAUGUUCGCUUGAAUGGAGCUCUUUUGGAUGUGUAUGCAAAAUGUGGUGCUAUAGACUCUGCUUAUAUGAUCUAUCAGUCAAACCACAAUAAGGACUUGGUCAUGUUCACUUCGAUGGUUGGUGGAUUCGCAAUGCAUGGUAUGGGAAAAGAAGCACUUGGAAUCUUCUCCCAUAUGCUAGAGAUGGGUCUAAAGCCAGAUCAUGUUAUCAUUACUGCUGUUCUAUCUGCUUGCAGUCACGCAGGACUUAUGAGUGAAGGGUUAGAGACAUUUUAUUCGAUAGAGAAGGUUCAUGGUAUCAAACCCACCAUGGAGCAAUAUGCCUGUGUGGUGGAUCUACUAGCUCGAGGUGGCCAAAUUGAUGAUGCAUUUUCUUUUGUGCAGAGCAUGCCUAUUGGUGCUAAUGCAAACAUAUGGGGAACAUUGCUUGGUGCUUGUAGGAGGCAUCAGAAGGUGGAAUUGGGACGAAUUGUGGCAGAUCAUCUGUUUCAAGUUGAAGCUGACAAUAUAGGGAACUAUGUGGUGAUGUCAAACCUAUAUGCAUCAGAGGCUAGAUGGGAUGGAGUGGCAGAGGAACAUUUCUUCUGAGAAAUAUGGAACAUUUUUUAUCUUUUCAGUGAAACUCACCCUGG